AUGGCUUCGCGAAGGCUCUUAUCUUCUCUCGCCCGGUCCUCGGUACGCCGAGCACCUUCUAAAUCUCCGAUCUCAAGCCCUAACCCUAGAAUCGCAUCCCCAUCGCCAUCGUCUCGAUGCGCUUCUCCUUACGGCUACAUCCUCAACCGCGUGGCCCAGUACGCCACCGCCGCGGCUGCCGAGACAACGACGGCGUCAUCAUCCCCUAAAAGUAAGGACGCCGGGAAGGGAAAAAUUACCGACGAAUUCACCGGAAAGGGCUCGAUCGGGCAGGUGUGCCAGGUGAUCGGAGCCGUUGUCGAUGUGAGGUUCGAGGAGGGCUUGCCCCCGAUCUUGACUGCACUUGAAGUGCUGGACAACUCGAUCCGAUUGGUGCUUGAGGUGGCUCAGCACUUGGGCGAGAACAUGGUCAGGACCAUUGCUAUGGAUGGUACUGAAGGGCUUGUCAGAGGACAGCGCGUGCUCAACACUGGUUCUCCUAUCACUGUGCCUGUUGGUAGGGCUACCCUUGGUCGAAUCAUGAAUGUCAUCGGGGAGCCCAUUGAUGAGAGAGGCGAUAUGAAAACCGAUCACUUUCUGCCCAUCCAUAGAGAAGCUCCUGCCUUUGUUGAGCAAGCAACUGAACAGCAGAUCCUUGUUACCGGAAUCAAGGUUGUAGACCUUCUUGCUCCCUACCAAAGAGGAGGAAAGAUUGGGUUGUUUGGUGGUGCCGGUGUAGGAAAAACUGUGCUUAUUAUGGAACUUAUCAACAAUGUUGCAAAGGCUCAUGGUGGUUUCUCCGUGUUUGCCGGUGUUGGAGAACGUACUCGUGAGGGUAAUGACUUGUACAGGGAAAUGAUUGAGAGUGGUGUCAUUAAGCUAGGUGAAAAGCAGGCUGACAGCAAAUGUGCUCUAGUGUACGGUCAAAUGAAUGAGCCCCCUGGUGCUCGUGCUCGUGUUGGUUUGACCGGGCUGACUGUGGCAGAACACUUCCGUGAUGCUGAAGGGCAAGAUGUGCUUCUCUUUAUUGACAACAUUUUCCGCUUUACCCAAGCGAACUCUGAGGUGUCUGCUUUGCUUGGUCGUAUCCCAUCUGCUGUUGGAUACCAACCUACUUUAGCUACUGAUCUUGGAGGUCUUCAAGAGCGUAUUACUACCACCAAGAAGGGUUCCAUCACUUCUGUCCAAGCUAUUUAUGUGCCUGCUGAUGACUUGACAGAUCCAGCUCCUGCCACCACCUUUGCUCACUUGGAUGCCACCACUGUGCUAUCACGACAGAUCUCUGAGCUUGGUAUCUAUCCUGCUGUCGAUCCCCUUGAUUCCACAUCUCGUAUGCUCUCCCCUCAUAUUUUGGGUGAGGAACACUACAACACUGCUCGUGGUGUCCAGAAGGUUCUUCAAGAUUACAAGAAUUUGCAAGAUAUUAUUGCUAUUUUGGGGAUGGAUGAGCUUAGUGAAGACGAUAAGUUGACGGUCGCCCGUGCCCGUAAAAUUCAACGUUUCUUGAGCCAGCCAUUCCAUGUUGCAGAGGUUUUCACUGGUGCCCCUGGAAAAUACGUGGAGUUGAAAGAAAGCAUUACCAGCUUCCAGGGAGUGUUGGAUGGAAAGUACGAUGACCUUUCAGAACAAUCGUUCUACAUGGUUGGAGGUAUCGAGGAGGUCAUUGCUAAGGCAGAGAAGAUUGCCAAGGAGUCUGCUGCCUAA